CCGCAUUUUUCAAAGCACCAAAAGAUAUCUCACUUCACCAAACUAUCUAAAAGGGUAAAAAAUGUCAUUGGAGAGAGCCAAAUUAGCGAACGGCUUGACGGAAACCGAUAAUUCCGGCCUCAAUUUCAAUGAAACAGAGCUCACUCUCGGCUUACCCGGAGAAUCGCGGAAGCAAAUCUCCGGUACAAAACGUGGAAUCUCCGACGGUAUGGAAUUAAUCCUAGGAAGCUCAACUUCAGGCGAACGCCGCCGUGAAGAUGAUCACUCGAAAAACGAAAUCUCUACCGGAAACAAACCUCCAGCAAAGGCUCAAGUAAUUGGAUGGCCGCCGGUGAGAUCAUACAGAAAAAACGUGAUAGAAAAGUGCAAGUACGUGAAGGUGGCAGUUGACGGAGCUCCUUACUUGAGAAAAGUAGAUCUGGAAAUGUACGAUAGUUACCAGAAGUUGUUAAAUGCUUUAGAAAACAUGUUUACCUGCCUAACAAUCUGUAAUUCUCAAAGUGAAAGCAAGCUUAUGGACCUUACAAAUGGUGUAGAAUAUGUACCUACUUACGAAGAUAAAGAUGGAGACUGGAUGCUUGUUGGAGAUGUUCCAUGGAAAAUGUUUGUUGAUACGUGUAAGAGAAUUAGGUUGAUGAAGAGCACGGAGGCUAUUGGAUUAGCUCCAAGAACACCAGGGGGAUCGUCGAGUUCAAGCUAAAUUAAUCUAAAGAUAACUGCAUGUACAGAUACCAACUGGCUUGGGGGAAUAAGGUUUUUUUUCCCAACCUUUUGCGUUCUUUAAUUCUAGGAAUUAUAGGAUAAGUAAUAUAUAUGCAGGGAUAUAAUUAGGCAAUUACUUAGAAGUGUAUUUUGUGCUACGAUGCUUCCCGUUUGAGUGAAGAUGAUUGAUUUUAUUAUUCCUGUAUUUGUAUUUGUUUGUAUGUUUGUGUCGUUACGAUUGUAGAUCUCAAUCAUCAAUAAUGCCAUGGAAAAAAAAAAAUCCAUUUGUACGAUUUGUGAAAGGGUGAAAAUGA